GCAAAAGAAAAAGCAAUAUAGAGACACACACACACACACAGAGAUCUGAUACUGGCACACACAUGUGUGCGUGCGUAUAGAGCGAUAGCGAUUUACGAUAACGAUAAUUCUGGUGCAAUCUUUAUAUAACAAAAACCCCAACUGCGAAGCAGCAAACAAAACAAAAGCGAAAAACGAGAAACAAGCAAGGCAAACGCAAAAGCAAACGCAAACGCAAGCAAAACGAGAACGGCUGUUAAAUGCGGCGAUCAAAACGCCAGCGUUAUUGUCGCCCGACCAACAACAACAAGAACAAGAACAACAGCAAGAAUAGCAAUAGCAAUCGUAGCAACAGUUAUCGAUAUCAGCAAAAGGACGGGGACUCGAGCAUCAUCGCUGUUUAUUGACUGGAAAACAGACUGGAAAGGAGGCAUUGCAUUAAUCGAUCGUAGCACAAGUAACAGCAACAGCAGCAGUAGCGAAAAUAAUUUGACGACAAUUUCGAUUGUUGUUCAGGCUUUGCCAAAUAAUGGAACCAGAUCCCAAUGGGAUAAAGAUCGAACCAACACUUGACCAUCACCAGCAGCAGCAGCAACAGCAGCAACAAUACGCAACACUUUUGGCAAUAAAUGGCCCAAAUGCGCGCCUUCUUAUCGAGCAUCAGUCAGCGCUGUUGGUACCCCUAUCGACACAUCAGCAACAACAAUUGCAAUUGCAGCAGCACCAGCAACAGCAGCAACAGCAACAGCAGCAGCAGCAACAGUUUCAGCAACAGCAGCAACAGCAACAGCAUCAUCUGCAGCAGCAACAAUUUCAUCAGCAACAAUUGCAAAUAACAUUACCCGCUUACACACAGCCGCUCUCGCUCAAGCAACAGCCGCCACCUACACCCCUGGGACCCACCUCCUCGGUCAGCAACAGCAAUACGCAACAACAGCAACAGCAGCCCCAACAGCCACAACAACAACAACAGCAACAACAACCACACCAUCAUCAUCAACAUCAGCAGCGCUGGAACGAGAGUCCAGAGGCGAGACAACGGCGGUUGGCCCGCAAUGCUGAGAGGAUGCGCGAGAGACGUCAGCGUGAAAGUGAAGACGAAUAUCGAAAACGUUUGAUGCGUAACGCCGAAGCGAAUCGCCAACGGCGACAGAAUGAAUCAGAUUUGGAGCGGGCGAUGCGGCUGGUGCGCAAUGCGGCCCGGCAACGAUUGCGACGGGCCAUGGAAUCGCCGGAUCAGCGAUCCAAACGUCUGGCCAAGCUGGCCGAAAGGAUGCGCAUGUAUCGGGCCAGCGAGACGGCCGAACAACGCAAGGUACGGCUGGCAGAGAUGGCCGCCCGGGCCAGACAGCGCAUCGCCAGCGAGUCGGCGGAGGAGCGGAAGGAAAGACUGAGAAAGCUGAACGACUAUGCGAAAAAGGUCAGAGAAAAGAAAAAGAUAUACAAACAGGUGCAGGUGCAUGUUCAGAAUUCGUCGUCGUCUUCAUCGACCAAUUCGACCAAUUCCAAUACACUGACCGUUCAGCAGCAGCAGCAGCAACAGCAGCAGCAGCAACAUCAACAGCAGCAGCAGCAGCAGCAGCAGCAGGUGCUAGCAGUGGCAACAGCCGCUGCUGCCGCCGCCGCCGCCGCUGCAAACGUAGCUGGCCAAUCAGCCAAUUGUAAUAAUGAGCAUAAUAUUAAUUUAAAUCAGGCAAACGUCUCAUCAGCGCCUGCCAACAAUGCCACCACUACAAGCAGCAGCAGCAGCAACACCACAACAGCGGCAGCAGCAACUGUUACCGCCGACGAUCAGCAUCUGGUGACAGCUGCACCGGCCUCGGCCUAUCAGCAGCAUCAGGCCAUCGAGUAUAUGGGCCAGAAUAUGUUUAUAGCGCGACCGACGAUGCAGCUGAAACAGGAGCCGCAACAGCAUCAGCAACAGCAACAGCAGCAGCAACAACAGCAGCAACAGCAACUGCAGCAGCAGCAGCAGCCGCGCUACUCCCUUGGUGCCCAGCAGCUGAUCGAUGGCGUUGCUGGUGGCAGCGGAGCCGCCGAGGCGGGCAGCAUCUUUGUCCAACAGAUCUAUGGCGAGGAGCCGGGCAAAACCGGUAAAUUGCUGCAGGCGCAUGUCCCGCACUUUAGCAUUGCCAAUCAGCUCGAGUUCUAUAAGCAGAAAUACGCCAAUAUGGUGGAACUUCAGUCUGGCGAGACGAACGAUAACAGCGGGUCUGUUACACUGGGUCAGAACGAGGCCAAGGUGAUUGUGGCCGCCGCCGAGCAGCAGCAGCAGCAGAAGGUGCUUAAGCCUGGGUCAGCAGCGGCCGCUGCAGCCGCAGCCGCCGCAGCAGCAGCAGCAGCAACAACCUCAACCACAACCGGGACCCAGCUCUACAAUCAGCUACCAUACCUGGCCACAUUUCCAGCGACGGCCAAUAGCAGCGGAGCGAGCGGCACUGUGACGGUGGCUGGCGGAGGCGGCGGUGCGGCCGGUGCAGCCAAUGGAUCGGCGGCAGCCAGUGCCACUGCUUACUAUCCUAUGUAUCCGAAUGGCUUCCAGCUGGGCAUCGGGCCGAAUACGGUGCCGCCGCCGUUUACACCUGUGCAUUUCGCCAAUGCCAGCGGCGGUAGCAGUCCAACGGCGCCGGGUCAAUACAAUAUACUGACGGCGCCGACCGGUGCGAAUCCUACAUUAACUGUCACCGGACUGGGCCAGCAGCAGCAGCAGCAGGAUCCGCAGCAGCAACAGCAGCAGCAGCAACAACAGCAACAACAGCAGCAGCAACAACAGCAACAGCAGCAACAACAGCAGCAGCAGCAACAGCAACUGUUGCACGAAUUCCCAAAAAUGGGUCGAGGUCGUCCACGUAAGAUCAGCCUGUUGACCAGCGAGGAUCACCUGAAGGCGAACACACUGCUGGAGCAGGAGUUGAAUCAAAUGCUCUCCGCACCGCAUUUGGGCUCGGGCAUUGGAAGCGGACGACGCGGACGUCCGCCGUUGCAUCAAAGCCAUCAUCAUUUGCAUCAUGCACAUUCCACGGCAGAUGGCAAUGGCGCUGCCACGCCGCGACGCAGCGGCGCCAACAAGUACGAGACGGAGGAGGAGAAGCGCAUUCGGCUGGACAAAAUGGCGGCGCAUCAGCGUGCGGUGCGUGCGAAUGAAUCGCCCGAGCAGCGAGCGGUGCGCCUGCAGAAGCUGAGCGAACGGGCGCGUCUCAAGCGUGCCCAGAUCCGUGCGACCGAGAACAAUGAGGAGCGCAAGGAGCGGCUGUCCAAGCAGGCGGAAUACGCCCGACUGCGUCGCAUGCGCAGCCAUACGCCGCGCACCAGCAGCAGCGCCAGCGCCGAGUUCCAUGGCAAAACGGAGGAUGAUACGACGGAGCAGAUGUACGACAACGAUACGGAUGGCGGGGAUAGCUUUGUGCUGAAGUCGGACUCGCAGAUGGACGAUGGCGAUGCUGAUGACCAGGACAAGCAGCUUCAACAAUUGCAGCAGCAGCAGCAGCAACAACAGCAGCAACAGCAGCAACAACAGCAGCAGCAGCAGCAACACGAACUACAUCAGAUGACGGGCAGCCUCCUGCAGCAGCCACAUCACGAGGCGAUCGUCAUCAAUCAGCAACAGCAACAGCAACAGCAGCAGCAGCAGCAGCGUCUGGUCAGCCUCAAUCAGCAUCAGCAGAGCUACAGCAAGCUGCAGGCGGCAACGGCGACCAGUGCGAGCAGCGCUGCCGGCGGAGCAGGAGGCAACGGAGCGGGCGCACCUGAGAAUAAUGAUAUGCUAAAGAUACUCGAACCAAUAAUUGUUAUGAAAACCAAAUGAGUAUCGCGAAAGCGCCAAAAUGAGCUGACGAAGUGCUAGAUAUGUAUAUAUAUAUAUGUGGUGUAUUUAUCUAUGUAUGUAUGUAUGUCAGCUAUAUGUAUUUAUAUAUAUAAAUCUAGCUAUAAUUUCGGCUAUUGUUGGCGCUGCAGCGUGCAGAAAUUGUUGUUGACAA